AUGAAUCCAGGUUGGGCAGGACUACCAAAGGACUUGUUGGGUUUAGUUUUAGAAGGAUUAGUAUCAUCAUCAGAUUAUCUGCGAUUCAGCGUUGUUUGUAAGUCAUGGUUUUCUGUGGCAAAGGAUAAUCAGAGGCAACGCAUAUCAAGAUUUCAGCAACCUCCGAUGCUCCUGAUUUCUAGUGCAGAUGAAGAAAAUUCAUGGAAUUUAUACAAUGUUGUGGAUGAUAAGGUUCUGGACAUGCAACUAAGAGUGCCGAAUAGACGAUUUUGUGGCUCUUCAAAAGGAUGGUUGAUAUUUGUGGAUGAAAGUUUUGCAGUAACCCUACUAAAUCCAUUCUGCUCCAAUGUUAGAGGAAAGAAAAAGAAGACAAAUGUGACAAUCAUUCGUCUGCCACCAUUGCAUGGUAAGAAGGUAUGGAUUAAAAGAUGCGACUACUAUGUCUUCAAGGCUAUAUUGUCAGCAGACCCAAUACUAGAUCCAAAAGAUUGCAUUCUUACGGUAAUUAAUGCUGAAUAUGGUCGACUGGCUUUUAUCAGACCCAGUAGUAGAGACAAACGCUGGACUUAUGUUGAUAGGAAAUGGGGCUUAAUUGAAGAAGUGGUAUAUUCUGAAGGUAAAAUUUAUGCAGUUGAUAACAACAGCCAACUUUUUUCUUUUGAUAUUAAUAGCUUGUCGAAGUUGGAACUUGGGCAAGGUCUUUCUUCGGAUGGCUUUAGCAAGAGAUAUCUUGUAUUCAAUUCAAAUAAGAAACAGUUCUGGAUGGUUCAAAGGUAUAUUCACUACCAAAAAGACAAACGUGAGACCACAAAAUUCAAAGUUUUCAAGAUGAACUUCGAUGAGCACGAGUGGAUAGAAAUAGAAACCCUAGAUGAUGUUGCCGUCUUUGUGGGUGAUAACUCCUCAGUGUCUGUGGCAGCUUCAGAUUUUCCGGGUUGCCGGUCUAAUUGUAUAUACUUUAGCCAUGAUGAGGAUACAUGUGGCACACUUGAGCCUUAUGGACCUAAUGAUUGCGGAGUAUAUGAAAUAACGAGUCAUCGUUUCUUACAGCCUUAUCUAGAUGACUCUAAGAAGCUGUUGAAGUUAACAAGGCAACCUCCAAUCUGGUUUGUGCCAUCCUUUCAACUGUAA